AUUUAUUUAGUGUCAUAUAUUCUAAAUCCAUCAAUAUUUUUAAUCCUCCUUAACAGUUGCCUGUUUUGUAUUGUACAUUAUAAUUUUAACAGACAAUCAUGUGUGAGUAUUAAAAUUUGGCACCUUUUAGAGCAGUAGGCAAGCAAGGCUAUGAAAAUGAUUAAAACCUCAAGCCUAGGAUCUAACCGGCCACUUUCUGGACAAUUGUAUAAAUACACAAACGUAGUCAAAGGCUGGCAGCAAAGAUGGUUUGCUGUAGACCCUGAGACUGGUGUGCUAUCUUAUUAUUUGUUUGAUGGCCCUGGAGACACGGUACAGCCGGGUCAACCGGCGCGAGGCGAGGCACAUUUGGCAGCAGCUGUGAUUUGCCCAAGCGAUGAAGACUCCCGCACUUUCACAAUCAACUGUGCCUCAGGAGACAUGUUAAAGCUUAGGGCCACUGAUGCUCGAGCUCGCCAGGAGUGGGUCAAUGGACUUAGAGCUAUUGCAGAAAUACAUACCAAGGCCAUGGGUGCCAAUCCUCCACUACAACCAAGGGAGCAGCUGGCCGUUCAUGAUGCUAUGGCUUCAGCGAGGCAACAAUUACAAGCUACUGAGCUGAGUGAUGCAGCUUUAGCAAGAAGUAUUGAAUCGUCUGACUCACCAUUCCCUCAUACAGAUCCAGAUCUGUUGCUGUUAAAGGCAACCUCAGCGGCCAGUAUGCAAUGCUUGCUCCAGUGUCUUGGGAUCUUACUGCGCCAGCAACAGUAUGCAACACUCAGCAUCUCAAAAACAUCCAAUAGUGAUCACUAGUCUUCUUGCUAUUUGUAAAUAAUGUAAUUAAAUACUUAUUUAACAAUAAAUGUAUUGUUUGCGAUUAGAUUUUUUUUAAGAAAAAUAAACUUUUACCUAGAAUGUAUUUCCGAAUUAUAAAGUGACGUGGCGAAAAAAAUGUAGGAACCUUAAAAAGUUGUUUCAGAUUAAAUAUUUUAUUAUAUGAUUAA